AUAGCCACGUGUCCUCUUCAUUCCGUCCCUCUUUUUCCUCCUGUUGCCACCUCUCCCCUCCGCGUCGCAUCCCGUCCAAUGGCGGCGCCCGCGCUCCUCUCCGCACCGCCCCCUCCCCCACCAAUGGAAGAGGAUGGUCUCACCUCCCACGUCGCACCAAGCCCAACCACACCCCCACCCCCGUCAAAGCGCGGUUUCUUGCGUGGGCGGCCGCCCAUCAGGGUGACAUCGGAGUUCGACAGCGAGCGCCAGCUCUUUUCCCACCGCAUCUCCUGCCGCGUCCUCAACGGCCUUGCCAAGCUCCGUUUCCGAGUUCACCACGGGGCCGCGGGAGGGGCCCCGACUCCCGAGGUGGCGCUCAUGGGGCGGAACUUCUCCGCCGUCGUCGACACCGCCUCCCGCGGCGCCGUGCUGCGAGGAACGGCCGACCUUGCUGGAUCGCUCCACCUUAGUGCGGCGCACAACACGAAGAAUUACCAGAAUGGAGAGCAAUCUUACAUUCAUAUUGGCUGUUCGACACACUGUUUGUCCAUCUCUUGUGACCAUGAAUAUGAUGAUUCCACUGUUUCCUGCAUUCACAUGGAUAGAUACUUCCAGUUGAAGUACAACAGUAGAAAGGAGGGACAAGGAGAAGUGGCAGUAACUACUAGUUUGGGAGAUUCACCAUGCAAAAUUGAGUUAUCAUCGCUGGUUCCUCCUGAUGGAUUGCCAAGAGCAACCUUCUUGUUUCCUAACGGGGAAGUUUCAGUUAAGGAGAAGAAGUUGGAUGAGGGUGAGAAAAUUUUGUCAGUAAAUGGUAUAGUGAAGUCUCAUGUUCUGAAUGGAGUUUGCACUGCAUUGUACAAUGAUAAUAUGAUGAAUAUCAAGUAUCGCUAUAAGGAUGAUGAGCUAUCAUUUAUUCCCAGCCUCACUUUACCAUCAAAUUCACUAUCAUUUGCAUUUAAACGCCAGUUAACUCCUUCAGACAAGUUCAGUUACCGGUACCAUUUUGACACGAACUACUGGAGUGCUGUCUAUAAACAAAAGGCCAGUAAGCAUGUCAAAUGGAAAGCAGGUUAUGGGUCGGACGAAAGGCUUGGCUGGGCAUCUGUUUGGGUUGGCGACGCAGGCGGCAAGACAAAGGAGGCCCCCCUGAAGACAAAAGUCCAACUCAUGAUAAAAGUCCCUCAGAACAAUAUACAUAAUUCAACUGUGGUGUUCCGGGUGAAGAAAAGAUGGGAUUUUUAGUUUGGAUAUUUAUUGCGCAGAGAAGGUGAGCAACAAUAAGAAAUUUGAAUGCAUGUGCAUCCGCUGUGUGGAAAUUGAAAGGACAAUAGUAUGUUACUCCCUGUCGCCAGUUGAAGUUAAACUGAAGCGUUUGAUAGGAGGUUUGCAUAUGCAAGUGUAAUAUUACGGAAAGUGAACAGUGCACCAGCGGUGUCCUUCCCUUGGCCUGCCCGGCCCGUCUAUGGCACAUAGACCAUUCAUCCCCCAACUAGCACCCCAUCCUCUUUGCCAUCGCCAUCGCUGCCGUCAUCCCACUUUUGGCCUCUACGCCAUCGCCCCACCCCUGCUGCCGCCUCAUCCAUCGACGCCCUUUUUGCCAUCGUUCUGGCCGCUUCUUCCAUGGCCUGCCUAUCCUAGGGUCGAUGACAGCCCACCACUGCCUUUAAGGUCAUCGCCGGAGGAGACAGGGUUCGACAACCUUGUUGCCUCCGUCUCCGUGGACUCCAUUCAUCGAUCGCGACUCGCCACCCACCCUCCUGCAAGGAGUUCGGCUGUUUGCCCGACUCGGCCGAUACUUGUCCAUGCCCGCCAACAUGCAUUGAUGGUACUUGUCCAUGCCCGCCUCCAUCCAUUGAUGUACUGUUUCAUCACUGGACAACUCAGAUGAGUUUUUUCUUCUUCUAAAUAACUAAAUAUGUUCA